AUGAGCUCCAUUAAAGGCAAGAAUAAUAAUAUGUCUAAUCAAAAUCUCAAUGACUCAAAAAUUACUAUAAUACCAAAUACAGCACCUUAUAAAUUUAUGAGAGGAUUUAUGUGUUUUAUCAUAGUUUCCUUAUCAAUGUUAUAUUUGAUAUUUAGCUGUUCAUUUGCCAUUAAAUAUAGACCUAUGGUUUUUGAUAAUAUACUAACUGAGACUAUAAAAGGUACUAUUAAAGGUUCAAAUGGGGAAUAUAUUCAGUGGAUUGCAACGAUACCAACAGGAUUAGUUACGAGAACUGUUGCUAUCAUUUGUGUGGUUAUGUUUUUGGUAUUUGGAGUAUAUACUAUGUUAUUUUCAUUCUACACUGCAUGCAAGAAAUACAAGUUCAUACAGCCAUGGCAUUUUAUGUUGUUAUCUGCAAUGUCUUGCAUAGGAGGGCUCAUUUCAAUUUUCCUCUCAAACAAAUUUAAGGCUGUUGAGGAGUUUACUCAUAGAGAAGACUGCCUUCUCCAAUCUGUGGUUUCAAAUGACUGUUCUGUGGCCAUUGGAAAUGAUGAAAUUUACGCUUAUGAUCUCUGUAAGGCAGUUGAGUCAUUUUGCCUUGAUGAGAAUGCAUCAAUGUCUGGAUACUAUACCAAGGCAAUAAUAGUUGCUGUGGUUUCUUUCCUUGUUGCAGUUUUAAGCUUUGUUUACGGAAUUAUCUUGCUUAAACUUAAGAUGAAAUAUACUAAGAAGUUAACAUUGAUUAACGAGAAGGUUGAGAUUGCUGAAAAAACAAAGUGCAACUUGGAGAUGUCCGAUGCAUUAAGUACUUGUCAAUUAGAAAACAAGGGUGAGUCUGGAAUUGACUCUUACCAAAAGAACCAAUUAGAUACUGCAUCCUCAACUGCAGAGAAUACUAACGUAAUGAACUCGACAAAAACUAAUGUAUAUUGCCAGAAUAUGAAUAAUGAUUCGUGUAAGACUAUACAACCUUAUCAAAAUGGAAUCAAAACUGUUCCAAUGGGUAUCGUUGUAACCACAACAACUAGCAAGCAAUGCCACAUAGCAGCUCAUCAAGGCGCAGUUUCGCAAGCUAACUCUUCAAAUAUGGGUAGCAUUGGUAGUUCAGCUAUUGGUUGUAUAAACUCCUUACAGCAUUCUUGUCACAAUGGCAAUUUGAAUCAUAACAGAAAUGUUCAUUCUGGGAUAACUUUCCAGCAUCAACAUCAUCAUCAUCACCAUCAUCAUCACGGCCCUAACCAUGGUAAUAGACAGUACCACGGCCAUUUCCGAUAA